AGGAGUAUACAUCACUCUGAAUCGGCCGGAAGCCUUUCUGGUGGGGCCAGGAAUGACAAUGGCUUGUCGACUCCUAAUCAAACUUUGCUGUUAGAGGAUCAGCGAUGGGGCGAUAUCAGUUAUGGAAUUGACUCAAGUAUUAGAGCAACAGAAGCUUUGCCUCCACAGAGAAAUGCUGAUAGUGACCCCGACUUGGAACAAGAUGGUCACCGACGCUUUUCUAAAAAUCCUUUGGUGGAUAAGAAUCCACAGUUCGCGAGAACGCCAGAUGGCCGAUUUUGGUAUAUGGGCCCGACAUCAUCAUGGUCAUUUUGUCGCCGUGUCCUAGCUUUAAUUGGGAGGCGUAUACCAGAAUCAAACCCUCCUCCAGACCCAUGGCACCUGGAUGGCAUGGCAUUUAAGCUACAAUGGCGCCCAACAUCACUUGAAGAGAUUCCUGAUGUUUCGAAUCUACCGCCUCUUGACUAUGCGCUCUUUCUCUUCAACACUGUCAAGUUCUAUUUCGGUUUCCUGUCGUUUAUGAUUGAUGAAGAUUUGUAUCUUCGUGACCUACAUGAAUUUUAUAAGGACCCCGCUGCAAAAGCUGUUGAGUCACGGUACUGGUAUGCGCAGUAUCUCCUUGUUCUUGCAUUCGGGAAGGCAUUCCUCACUCCCAAGAGUCCCUCUGGGCCACCCCCAGGACAUCAAUAUGCUGCAAGAGCUAUGGCGCUUCUACCAGACUUAUCUGGUAUGCAUCAAGACACAUUGACGUGCAUCCAGGCCAUGAGUCUAGGUGCGGUGUAUCUUCAGUCCAUUGAUAUGAGGCGAGCGGCAUUUCAGCAUAUUGGACACGCACUGCGUGGAUGUAUCAUUGAGGGCAUUCAUAGACAUGUACCUGAAGAGUUUGGUGGACCUGAGCUUUCUAGGAGGUGCAGGACGAUAUUUUGGGUGGUAUAUAUGCUCGAUCGGGAAUUUGCCGCAUUAAUAGGGGCACCGAGCUCCAUUCGAGAUGAGGAUAUCACAGUCAUGCUCCCUGCAGAGGUCGAGGGCUCUGUGGAAGACAUUAACCUAACAUUACACGUUCGGCUUUCCAGAUUAAUUGCUCAGAUCUUGACGACUAUUUAUAACCCCGGUGACAAGCUUAAUGGAUCACUCAUUCGAAAUACACAGUCGAUUCUGCACAGCAUGGCAGAGCUCUCGCAUGAUAUUACGGCCUUUCUGAACACGCAUUUCCAUGGUCUUAUCAGUCGAGCAUCAAAAAUGGCAAUCCGACUGAUGUUGGCUCACCACCACUGCAUCGUUCUAACGACAAGACCACUGGUCAUGUGUGCGUUGCAUAUGCAUAUUGAACGCACCGACAUGCAGACAUCACAAACGAUUUCCCUCACCCCACCAGUUUCUUCGCUUCUCCAGUGCUGUGCAGAUUCCGCCCAGACUAUUCUUCAAACUCUCCAAACCUUAGCUGACGAUGACUUGAUGGAUGCAUUUCUCCCAUUUCAAAUCGAAGACGCCUCUUCAUCCGCAUUCGUUCUCUAUCUCAUCCGUGCAAUAGCUCCUUCGCUCAUACCAAACAGCACAUGGUGCGAUAAUCUCGAGUGCGUUCUGGAUAAGCUCAUUGCCAAAGGUAAUCUUGCUGCGCCACUGCGUCGACGAGAACUUAGCCAAUUAGAGCAGAUCCUUGCGCCCUUGACUCCAAAGCCUCAGAAUAGCCCAUUGCCACCCGUGCGCUUCAACGCUGCACCGGAAGAGCAAGAAGAGGCUUAUGGGAUGGAUCAGGUGGACGUUGGUGAGGAAUUUGAGUGGGACUUGCUAGGUCUCAAUCCUUCAGUCAGCCUUCCACCCGCAGAACUUCUUGAUCUUGCCGAUCAACUGGAUAUGGAACGUAUUAUGCAAUCAGUUGGCGCGUGUGUGAAUUAA